CCCCUUAUGUCGCAGGAUAAGGUUAAAAGCGGUGAAAAGGUUUCCUUAUCAGUUGAAAGUAAAGAAAAAGCAUCGAAGCCUGGCGCACCAAAAGAAGAGAAAAAGAAGCAGAUUACGAAAAUUAGAGACUCCGAGGCAGGAGGAUUACCUAGCGUGAAGAACGAGGAUUUCUUCCACGGAUUCGUGCCCAGAGAACAGACAGGUCGACUUCUACUGAAAGUUGGCGAUUUCCUCGUAAGACAAGCUGUGAGAGCUGAACAUAAAUCGACUAUGGGGGAACAAUUCAUCAUCUCAGUCAGAGUGAAACCAUCAUCUCUGAAUAUCGAUAAAGGUGCAGGAGUUCUGCCGACUAACUUGACUGAAGAAGAGAUGGCUGCAGAAAAGAAGAGGGCUGACGAAGAAAUGAGACAUAUAUUCAUAAAAUAUAGUAGAAGAGCCAAACUUUACUAUGUGCGAUUAUACGGAUUCAGGCUUGUAUCGGGUCUGAUUGAGUAUCACAAGCGUCAUAAGAUACCAGUUGAUGAGGAGAAUACAAUACUCAAAAGAGCGAUUAAGAAGGCUGACUGGCAGCUGAAUCACGAGCAGCUGAUCAAAGUCAAAAGGCUAGGAUCUGGUGCCUUCGGAGACGUCUACAAGGGUAUUUUGCGAAGUGGGUUGAUGGACAGAAAGGACGUGGCCAUUAAAACCAUCAAUGGAUCGAUCACUGCUGAAGAGAACGAGAAGCUCUUUCAGGAGGCAAUGCUUAUGAAAACGCUUGUGCACCCGAAUGUCAUACUUCUGAUAGGAGUAGCAUCGAAUGAAGAGCCUGUCAUGAUAGUCAUGGAACUCGCUCCAGGAGGUUCCGUCCUUGACGCCGUUCAAUCAAAGCCCGGUCCAACAGUAUACAUUAGAAUAAAAUAUUGUCAUGGAGCUGCAUUAGGCUUGACGUAUCUGUCAGGAAAAGGGAUCAUACACAGAGACAUUGCUGCUCGAAACACGCUCAUUGGCAAAAAUCAUACAGCUAAAAUAUCUGACUUUGGGCUUAGCGUACUUGGAGUUCAAAAGAAAGAAAAGACGCUGAAGAAGGUGCCCGUGCGAUAUCUAGCUCCCGAAACGCUUCAGACCCGUAGCUAUACAACAAAGACGGAUGUGUGGACAUUUGGGAUUUAUAUGUGGGAGGUAUUUCACGAUGGUAUGACUCCAUACGAUGAGUUCCCGAACACAGCUGCAAUCAGAAAGUUUGUGCUCGCUGGAAAUAGGCUGAAUAAUGAGUCAGACAAAUAUCCUGAGUACUUAUGGACACUAACUCAAGAAUGCUGGAAACAAAAUGGUGCCGAUCGACCCACUUUUGAAGCUAUAGCAGCCACUAUCGACUCACAAAUGGAAGACUAUAACGAAGGCACCACCUCGAUCUGGAGAUUAUGGUGGUAGAGGAACGAAUACCGCCGCUAUGCGUCGCCUCCGUGUACAAGCAGUUUUCACACGCCGUGCAACAGAUGCGCGAGAGGACCAUAAGUCCACAGAAGCGGCGCCUAUCGGCGGUAUUCGUUCCUUUACCAAUAUUUUGAUUUCCUUACAAAAAAGCGUACACGUCAUUGCGAACAACUAUUAACCAACAAUAUAUACAUUGCAAUGAAAAUGUAUAUUUCUGCUUUUAUCCAUAAACUGAC